AUGCAAAAGCACCAUCUCCCAAGACAACAUAUGGUAAAUCGACGUUUAAUCCGGCUUUCUCUUGAUAACGAAACCCUCGAGCCCACAUCUCAAGAAUCAGAAUCAGAAAUCAAUGAAGUAGUGAAUGUUGUACCCUCAGCUAAGUCUCAGCAAGCAGCACUUGUAGCCAAACCUCACCGACCAACACCCUUACCAAUUUCUCAGCAAAGAUAUCGUCGUCGCCAAGUUCCUACGGAAUUGCUUCAAGCAGAAAGUGAAAUGAAGGAAGCCUUCUCAUGGGUGAAGAAUGUUGUGUCCAGAAAUGAUGAAAAAGAAGACGAGUGCGAUUUAUCCGGUAGAAUGUUGGCGAAAAAACUACGAAAAAUUCCGGAAUUUCAAAGAGAAUACUUGAUGCAUGAUAUUAACGAAAUGGUCCUCAGGGCAAUGCAUCCAUCUCAUGGUUCUGUCGCCACGCCAUCCUGUUCCAAUGGACCACCUUCGAACUCAUCGCUAAUUUCCUUAUCGUAUUCUCGACCUACAUCUGCAAACAGCAAUAACUGUUCCUAUGCUUCAUCACAGGGUAUCAACGAGCAUGCCCAGGACCAAAUGGAAGAACACAUACAGGAAUCUGAUCCUAUCAGCCAAGCACUGUAUAUGACCUUUGGAGGAAAAACAGACACCAACUCGAAAACUACUCAUUUCAACAUGUAG